CUUACCUUAGCUUCCAUAUGACACGGCAUUUAUUUCAUCCUCCUCCGGGUGACAUUAAAACACUUUUAAACGAUUCUGUCGAUUUGUCCACGGACCAUGGUCGAUAGACAUUGUAGCUUUCAAGAUUUCGAUGCAAGGAUUGUCGCUUACAGGAUUUCAUUGUCGAUUUGUCAUAGCAAUUGUUCUUUAGCAUAAGAACUUUCCAUUUUUCAACCCACGAAGGAAUCCCUGUUUACAGAUCGAACAAAAAACCAUCGUCAACCUCCGUGCCGUGUUACGCCAUAUUGUUGGACAAAAAUUUACACCUUUUUAGUACCCCCAUAAAAUCAGUUAAACAUAUCCCCAGAAGUCCUUGAGACAAAAACAAUACUUAGCAGGGGAGGUAGGAAAAAAAAUGCUUAAUUUGGUUUUAAUGAAUAAAUUAAUCAGAAUUGAGUGAGUGAGUGAGUGUCAUUGGACUGCCUACUAAGCUCAUGUAUGAUGUAAACUAUGUCAUCCAUGAGCAAAAAUAAGACUUUUUACUUUUGUGCAGGGCAUUAAAUUAUGUAUUAUUUUAAAAGCAUUUGAUAGCUUGGUGUCUGUCUAUGAAAUAAAUGAGAAAAUUGUGCAAUAUGUUUUCAAAAGUAACCUUGAGUUUGUUUUUCAGCUUUCUAGAUACCAGCACUACAGUGCAAGCCUGCUCUCAAGUCAAGACAAGUACUAUGAGCAUCAGAAACAGGCAGGAUCGAAAAAGUUGAAAAGAAAGAAGCUGAAAGAUGGUAAGGUGAAGCUUUCCAAGGACAAGAAAGAGAAAGACAAGAUUAAAGUGAAGAAGAAAAAGAGAAAGUCUGAUGAUCUGGAUGACGAUCAGAGACAGUUAACAUUAGAGGAGAGGAUAAUCAAGAAAACUCUUAUACGUCGCAAGGAGGCAGAUGUCAAGAGAAGGAAACUUUGGGCUUUAAUAGUCAGGAAAGAGAUACCAAGGGCUCACAGACAAAAGUCCUCAGCAAGGAACAACAUGCUUGCAAAUUGCAAAAAGCUUGCCCAGCUUUGUCAGAAAGAGAUGCGUAAAGAAGCACAGAGGUCUCAGAAAGUCACCCAGCAGACUGUGCCGAAAGCUAGAAGGAUGUCCAGAGAGAUGUUAGUUUACUGGAAGAAAUAUGAGAAAGUGGAAAAGGAACAUAGAAAGAGAGCAGAAAAGGAGGCCAUGGAACAACGCAAACUGGACGAUGAGUUCCGAGAGGUGCGGAGACAGCAGAGGAAACUGAACUUCUUAAUUACUCAGACAGAGUUAUAUGCACAUUUUAUGAGCAAAAAAUUGAAGGGUUCACAACCUGAUGAAGGCACACAGGAGAUUUUGAGAAAAUUGGAAGAACCUUCUGCUAAACAGAAUGUGAAGACGGUCCAGGGUGGAGUGUUGAUUGACAUGGAGAAUGCUGAUACAUAUGAUGCUGAUGAAAUGAAAUCCCAAGCCUUGUCAAAUGCUCAAAGAGCUUUUCAAGAUCAAGAAUCAUGGACAAGGGAGUUUGACAACAACUACCAGCAAGAAUCUGGCAAGAAAGUUGCAAUGUCACAAGCAUUCUUUGACCAGAGCUACAGUUUGGCUAAUCCGUUAAUGAACAUGGAGCAAGCCCAUCCACAGCCUACUAUCUUUGAUGGAGAACUCAAGUCAUACCAACUUAAGGGAAUGAACUGGCUUAUCAACCUCUAUGAACAAGGUAUCAACGGCAUACUAGCUGAUGAGAUGGGUCUAGGAAAAACUGUUCAGUCCAUAGCCUUUCUCUCAUACCUAGCAGAAACACACAACAUCUGGGGUCCUUUUCUUGUGGUGGCACCUGCCUCUACACUGCACAACUGGCAGCAAGAAGUCAGCAGAUUCAUUCCUCAGUUCAAGGUGUUGCCUUACUGGGGAAACCAGGGUGACAGAAAGUCACUGAGAAAAUACUGGACUCAGAACCAAGUCCACAUAAAUGACUAUGAGAAUGCUCCAUUCCAUGUGCUUAUUACAAGCUACCAGCUGGUUGUGCAAGAUGUGCGUUAUUUCCAGCGCAUCAAGUGGCAGUACUUAGUACUGGAUGAAGCACAGGCAAUCAAAAGCAGUUCCAGUGUGCGAUGGAAGAUACUCCUUGGUUUCUUAUGCAGGAACAGACUUCUUUUGACAGGCACGCCUAUUCAAAACAGUAUGGCUGAGUUGUGGGCAUUGCUUCACUUCAUCAUGCCAACUCUCUUCGAUUCUCAUGAAGAAUUUAAUGAAUGGUUCUCAAAGGACAUUGAAAAUCAUGCUGAAAACAAAUCAGCCAUUGACCAAGACCAGCUUUCCAGACUUCACAUGAUCUUGAAACCCUUCAUGUUGAGGAGAAUAAAACGUGAUGUGGAAAAUGAGCUUUCUGAAAAGAUCGAGAUCAAACUAGUGUGUCAUUUAACAACGAGACAGCGCUGGCUUUACCAAGCAGUGAAAAACAAAAUAUCCAUUGACGAUCUUGUUUACACUUCAACGUCAUCAUCAUCCACUAAUGCUACAACGAGCAGCCUGAUGAAUUUAGUCAUGCAGUUUAGGAAGGUCUGUAACCAUCCUGAACUGUUUGAGAGAAGGGAUGUCCGCUCGCCAAUUCAUGUGGAGAUUCCGACAUUCCAUCUCCCCAAGCUGAUCUACAGAGAAGGAAUUUUGGAGUCCUCGACACCAUGUAGGACCAAAAUCCUGUAUAACCUACUGAACAUUGGCACUGAGCAAUACAUUCACCAGUCUUUGUAUGCUGAUCGUACGCAUGCAUCUGCAGGUCCUCCGAGUAACUGCUUCUCAUUUUUGAGAUUUAUCAAUUUGUCCCCAGCACAAGCUUCGGCCAUGAUGUUAAAGGGACUUGUACAUAGAUUGUUAGCCUUAGUUAUCCUUUUGAAGGAAAUUAGUGCUCUUUAUCAUCGACGAUUUUGGGUCCAAACAAAGCUUAGAAGCAGGUGAGUGGAGAAAAGAAAUAUUUAGGGAGUAGCGCUAUAAUGUACGACAAAAAGACUAUUUCCAGCCCAGUUGAUCCUAAUGAAUAUUGCGAGGUAACACGUGCGCGACGCGAAUACACCACGCACGCAAAAUAUGCGCCCGCGCGAGUUUCUACUGUAGUCCUACAAGUCUUGUAUACUCCUCAUAUAUUUAACUGACAGCUUAAGACGAAAUCCGAUAGGAAGUCAAGCAAUUUCAGUUGUUAGUGGACAGAAACCUUGUACCAGAAUAAU